CUUAGUCCCUGCCGCUCUUAACUCCUCGAUACGGAAUUAGCACUUCCUUUAUUCUAACAUGUUAUUAACACUUAGGUAACAUUUUUCGUGUUGCUGGCGAACAUGCAUAUCUAUUAUUAUAAUAUUAAUCAGCUGUUAGCGGUUUUUAACUAAGAGCUGGCGAUAGGAAGGUGUCGGCUGCCCCGUCCUUAUUUAACUGACAGUGACACACCGACUACCGCCGUCUGACCAUGUGGGUUUUCGGUUACGGGUCUCUUAUUUGGAAAGUGGAUUUCCCCUUUGAGGAAAAGCGCUUUGGCUAUAUUAAAGGCUUCAGCCGUCGGUUCUGGCAGGGCAGCACCGACCACCGGGGAGUACCGGGAAAGCCUGGCCGAGUCGUGACUCUAGUGGAGGACCCCGAGGGAUGUGUUUGGGGCGUUGCCUAUAAGCUGCCGACGGGCCGGGAGCAGGAAGUGAAGCGCUACCUCGACCACCGGGAAAAAGGUGGUUACCAGGUCAUCACGGUGACCUUUCACCCUCGUCCACCCCUCAGCCCCCCUCCCAGCCAGGCGCUGCUCUACAUUGGCUCUCAGGACAACCCAGACUACCUCGGCCCUGCCCCUCUGGAGCAGAUAGCCAAUCAGAUCGUCAACGCCACCGGGCCCAGUGGCCGUAACACUGAGUACCUGUUCCAGCUGGCCGACGCCCUGAGGACACUUCUGCCCGAGGACUCAGACACACACCUGUUCUCUUUAGAAACUCUAGUACGAGAGAGGUUAAAGACUAGGGAAUAACACUCAGACUAUAGACUACAAGCUGAAGAGCGACACACGCACACACACACACACUCACGCAUCAGGUUGGAUUGGUCAGAUCAUCUCAGGGCUUCAGGUACACAUGGACCAUAUAAAGGUACGGCUAACGUCUUAGUGAUGCUAGUGUGGUUUUAUCCCUGUUAACACUAUAAAAUAAUCAAAUCUCACAAUUUUUCACUUUUUUGAAAGUGCUGACAGCCACAUGUCCCAUAUGGAAAAAAUCCACAAAUGUACAGAGAUUCUUGUAAACAAAUGGUGAAAAUGUAUUUGUUUAAGUAGAUGACAUUAUUCAAACUAUAUUUUGAGUGGUCACAAAAUAUAUAUUGUAUGUACUUGCUUAAUAUGUUCUCAGCAACAUGAAGGAAGAAUGUAUUUCGUGUCCAUAAUACAUUUUGAAUAAAAGUCAUCUGGAUGUACCAAUAAAUU